AUGGAUUUAACUGAACAUUUUAAGUGUAUGGCUAUCACUACAUUUAUAGGUUAUAAAGCACUAUUAAACAAUGAAACACCAGUAGCUUGUAUUAUAAAAGAUAUUAAGACUAACAAGAUAAUAAGUAUUGGUUAUAAUUAUACUAAUAAAUCAUUAAAUGGUACUCAACAUGCUGAGUUUAUAGCAUUACAACGAUUUAAAAACAAGAAUAUAAAUUAUAAUGAUUUAGUAUUAUAUGUCACUGUUGAACCAUGUAUUAUGUGUGCUUCAUAUUUAAGACAAUUACGUAUUAGAAAAGUAUAUUUUGGUUGUGGAAAUGAUAGAUUUGGUGGGAAUGGUACUAUACUAUCCAUACACAGUGAUAAUUUACUCAAUUCUACAUAUCAGAGUAUUUGUGGUAUAUGUCGAACUGAAGCUAUUCAAUUAUUGAGAAAUUUUUAUAUUCAAGAAAAUGAAUCGGCCCCGACGCCAAAAUUAAAGAAGAAUAAAGAUAUAGAGAGUAAGUUGUUUCCACCGAAUCAAUUUACAAUAACCAAAGAAGAGUUUAUUUACAAUCUUGGAGAGGAACGAUUGCGUAUAUUUGAAGAUGGGAGUCUUGAAUUGACUCCAAGAUUGAAUGAAGGUUAUAAUGUUAAAGAUUUCUUGAAACUAGAAGAAUUAAAACGAAUACCAUUUUUAGAACAAGAAUUAGGAGACAUUACUCAACAACAAAUAGACUCUUUUGGUUCCUUAUUCUAUAGUAUUGAAGGUGAUGGUUCUAUUAACUAUGAAAUGGUAGUUCUUAAAUAUACGACAUAA